UCUCUUCGCAUCGCAACAACACGCACACCAAGUAACAGUCGAAAACCACAGCUUUUGGAGAGUCUGCCGUACUGUGUAGAGAUUCGUACGUCAGGCGAGCGUUGGUGUGCAUGAUUGCGCGAGCUUUGCCUACGGAACGCACCAACACACUGCAACUAGAUUUCAUGGCUGCUUCGAGUGGCCGUGCGCUCGAGCGUUGAACACGACCAACUCUCCACAAGUCCCGUCAUUGUAGAAUCUAAUACCGAGUUGAAUAGUUCUUUAUUGCUGGAAACUGGGGUGAAGCAAAAGUGAGAGCCACAAUCACGGAAGCAUCCGGGUACUAGGCCAGCCCUCAGUAUGUCUGUCCCUGUGCGCUGCUACUCUGUCGAUAGCAUGAACAACAUCGACCAGCAGCCCAUCGGCAUCAGCGGCCACGGUCUAUCCUCCUCCAUGAUGAUGAUGGAAGAGGACGACGUGCCAAUGAUGGUGAUGAGCCCAAAGACGAACGUUCAUGUCUCCGGCAAGACGAUGCAUCACGAUCAGCGGAUGUCGUCAGAGGAGGGCCGGCUUGGGACACCGGAUGCUGCUGAUGGAGUUUUGUUGGCGUCCCACGGCUGCCGCGGUGGUGGUAACAGCAGUCAUCAGGCGGCGUACCGCUUGAUGAUGGAUACCGCGGGUGGCCCUGGUACCGCCAAUCAUGACGAUGGCCAGGACUUAGCUGGAGCCUCAGCUAAGUGCACCUCACCGCAGAAGCUGUCACCAUCCCACACCACCACGUAUGCAUCAUCAUCAUCUACAACAUCAUCAUCAUCUCCACCAACAACCACCAAUCUCGGAGCAGCAGCAGCAGCAGCAACACCACCGCAGCCAGCGAUGUCGUUCGAACAGAUGAUGGCCAAGCUGAGCGAGCUGCUGGCGCUGGAACCGAAAUAUCAACCGAACCUUUACCUGCCGCAACAAUCAAUGAAUGGCGAAAUCACGAUUGGCACCCGCGACGGAGCCGCUCAUGUGCUGCGCUGUCUGAAGGUUUGGUACGAGCUGCCCAACGAUGUACUGUUCGCUGCCAUUAACUUGGUAGAUCGCUUCCUGACCAAGAUGAAGGUCCGCCCAAAGCAUAUGGCCUGCAUUUCGGUCAGCUCCUUUCAUCUGGCAGUACAGCAGUUGAGCAUGCCGAUCAUCGAUACGGAAGACUUGGUUGCUAUCUCCCAGUGUCGCUGUACAUCACGAGAUCUCGUACGAAUGGCCGACAUAGUCGCCAAUAAGCUUGGUGUACAGAUGAAUCUGGCCCCGGUAACGGCACUGUCAUUUAUUCGGCUGUUCUACUACAUCUUUGAGAACGCGGCAAAGGCCCUCGGACUGUCCGAUAUUUUCAAGUCGGCUAUAUCACUAGCGGAUCUUGAGAUGCGGCUGGAGAUACUUGCCUGCGACGCCAGCUGCGCCAGCAUCCGCCCGUCCGAGCUUGCCCUGGUGAUGAUCUUCACCCAGAUGGAUGUGUACGUCAGUGCAAACAAGGACAACGGUCUGGUACAUCAGCAGAUCCACGAUCUCGUUGACUACGCUAUUCAGCUGCAAAAGUUCUGCCGUAUCCCGGACAGCAGCUUCCUUUACAGUAACAGCAUUGUGUCGAAAAUUCUAUCGCUCUACAAUGGUCAGCACAAGAUCCCCUACAAGCAGCGGCUAGUAUGGAAGCUUUCCUCUCGUACUAUGCGCGUGCUGCGCCCUACUGACAAGUUGACCUCCUAUUUGCCAACGAUCGCUGAACACCACCAUGCCAACGGUCACGUUAACAAUAAUCUCAGAUUCAGAACCGGCAGCGUCAGCUCGGAAGAUGAUGGCGAAGAUUGGCCCACAUCACCAAUUGUGGCAGUUUGUGAACAAUUCGUUGAUGAGUAAAACACUGAUCACGGAACAAUGCUUCUCUUUCGAGUGCGAAUGCAGCUAGCUCUUUCGAAGCAAAGAAGUACGAUCAAUAAUACACGAUGCUUGACACAACAUCAACAAGAGAUGAAGAGAGAUUAUUUGCACCUGUACUACCUUCUACUACUAUUACUACAUCAUUCACUACUGUUAAAACUUCGGCACCCGUCACGCGUAACUAUUGCUGCCCACUUAUCCGUACUAAUCCAGAUCCGUUGGCUUACGUUCAUCGAUGCAGCGCAUGCGUAGAAACGAUCGCACGCACCCUUCCACCGGUGUUGGACUAUUUCACAGAAAUGUACAAAUCUACGGUGAGGAGAAGAGACAUCUGCAAACUGUACCAACCAUAUUGUUUCAAUUUGUCUCGGAAAGAAACCGUUCCGAGAUACACACACAAAUGGAGGUUAACAUGAAAAGUGUUGCUCCGACGGACGUAGAGACGAGCAAGCGGCGAUUUCUUCACAUCAUCUGAACCGCCGCGUGAAUGGCACAAUAUUGCAUCUGUUAUAGCUCCCCGAUUCUUGUGUGAGCAACGAUAAUAGCGGACGAAAACAUCGGUGGUGGCUGAAUAAGUGAAAACGGAAAACUUGACGGCGGAAUUAGAUCGCGUUGAGCCGCAGUGACCGACCGCAGCUUUGGUAGACGAUGGUUCAGUGCCGGAUAUUUCAUGAAGAACCCAUUGCUAGCCGCAAACAACAUCAACUACAACUACACGGUUCACAACAACAUCUGGACGUUUUUGAAGCUGGAAGCGCCAUGGAGAAGGAACGGCGAGAGCUCUACGGUGAAAACGCUCCACCGGUCGGUAAAGUUUAUUUUUACUUUGUUUUCCUCCCUUUUUACAUGCAUAUUUCUAGCGCUUAUUUAAUACUUGUGCGAGAAGGAAAAUCAGAAAACAAAACUAAAAAGGAACAGUCUAAUUCGCUGGAUAAGAGAUCUAUCAAUGAUAAGUAAUCAAUGGUAUAGAAGAGUGUUUUUGAAGUCGGUGUCAGUAAGUAGCACAGUAAGCCUAAAUCGGUAAUGGAAAAAAGCAACAAUUUGCCCAGCUCUAACAAGUAUGAAAUCGUGAAACUAUGCUGAGACAUCGGCGCGGUUGAAGAAAGGACUUGACCUGCACUAUGACAAAACGCCACACGAAGGCGCUUGUGAACAGGAACAAACUUUACUCGAACCACCACCCAAAGCAAAAGAAAAGAAUGAAAAAAACAUGCAAAAUUCGAAACAUCAAAAAAAUCUUAAAAAUCUCCCCCAAAAAAGUCACACGCAAGUAUAUGCAAGCAUAAAAAGAAAGAUAAAAGGAAAAUCAAAAAAAGUACAAAAUAUACAAAACGGUUAAAAAAAUCCUAGCAGUUAAGUUGUGUAGGGUUUAUAAAGGUGGAAAAGUGAAACAAAACUCGUGACAUUGAAAAGCCAACCAUAAAUCAACUGGCAGCAAAUGAAUUUCAUCAGAACAGCAUAAUUAAACUGGCAAAAGGGCAUAAGAACUCUCUAGCUUUAGCAUAGUUAUUCUGUCCUGUUGAAAAGUUUACUUCUGCUAGCGAAUGAGCAAACGGGCGUAUGAUUACUUAGGAAUCAUUAAACACGGAACGACGAGAAUUACGCGACUCAAUUUACUGACAAUGAUAAAGUCAAUGGGCGAGUAAAAGGCGGUCCUUGGUAUCAGCUCUGCAAGAGGGCAAACACAAGAUAAUGUUUGAUAAUUGUCUGAAUGUGAAUGUGCGUUAGCCCCGCAACGAAAGCAGAAAAAUGGUUAGAAAUAAUUUUAUUCGUGUUUGCCCUUGUUUUUUGUUACGUGAAAAUUUUUGUGAAAAACCGAUAUUGUUUUUGAAACUAAAAUGGAUUACGUGUAUUUCUUCGUUUUCCAAUGAACGGAAAUUCAAUUCAAAUUGCGAUGCGUGAACUGAAUAAUCGCGUACGAAAGACGCGUGUGCACUGAAAAAAAUGAAUGAAAACCAGCAAUCCAGAAAAGGACAAGCGCAACGGACACCAGAAAAUUAUAUUACUAUCGUGAAGCCAGUACUGAAUGUGUUAUUAGUGUGUAGUGUGGACAGCGCAAAAACGGUUUGGAAAACAGGGAACGAAAAAGUGCACGAACAAUAGCACGCCCUUAGAGCCACCAUCCUUCACCCAUUCCGAGACUCGAUGAAAGCCAAAAUGCAAUCAACAAGUAGCACAUAAACAGAGCAACAUCUCGUGAUGACUUUUGGCACAUGGAAACAAGGACAAUAUCGUUUUGCAAAACUUUAUUCGUUCUCUUGCUUUGCCAAUCGAAAGGAAACGAGUGCUGCUGCUACUAAAACAACAAUUAUUUAUCAAACUAGCUAAUUGAACAUAAAAAAUAGAUAUCGAUAGAUAAGUAGGGUUCAUCUUCAAACCACAAAUGAACACACGAUCGAGAACGUGUCACUUCGUUAACUGUUUUCAACCCCGUAGGCAAACAAACAUCGUUCCAUGUGUCCAAUUGUGUGCGUGCUUUGAAAAGUACCGAUAAAUGUUGAAUACGAAUACGCAACAGCAGCAAACACAAGCCAGUCAAAUUUAAGCAAAACGUUUAUCCUAUGUUGGACUUGGAUUCAUCCUUUGCAAAACCCUUAGUAGUUGCGUUUGUGUAGAGGAAUGUGUUUGCUGUGUAGAUGUGAAGCUAAACCAAAAACCAAGAACUACUAUCCAGAAAAUUGACAAGUAGAAACAAAAGUCAAACGACAAAGAAAGCAUCCUACUGAUACCCAGAACCAGUAUGGAGUUUGACGAUGGAAAAUGCGAAACAAUGGUAUUCACAAUCAAAGCAUGACGAUAUGUUUUUAAAGCAUAGCUAAUGUGCAAAAAGAUCGAUUACAUGAGCCGAUGGUCGGCAAUAGAUCUCGUAAGGCACAGCUGUAUAGGACAAGCUCAACAGCUAUUGGUUUGGUUGUCGUAGUUGCUUGAGUUGUUGCAAACGUUGCAUUUUCGCCACGCCUUGUCCGUCACGCCACAGACACACUCUCUGUGUGGAAUGCAACUUUUUCAACUAUACAGAAGCAUCUGGUGGAAAAGGAGCCCCCAGUACUAUCACUUAACGUAUUUUACGGUGACAGAAUAUCUGGUCUUUAUUGGUGUUUCAUUGCUUGGCGCAGUCACGCGCCCUGUGACUACGAAGGAAGGGCACACAAAAAAGUGAUAGUUGGAUGUGCAAUAACGAUCAUUCCGCCAUUGCGAUCCUUCGUCCUUCCAAUGCUGGUUUUUUUUUACUCGUCCCGUUGUUCACUGUAAUACGAUUUGCGCUUGGAAGGCACCGAUGAAGCCCAGAAGACCUGCAUGAGAAUAAUAACUGAUCUCGAAUAUUUCUGUUCACACAAUGAAGUGUUUCCAACCUUUCCAACAUUGUUGCAUGAAGGAUUCUAAUUUCCUCAUCUUCAUCGUUGAGGCGUAAAGAGGGGCAAAGGAAAUUAUAAGAGUAUUUUUGUCAAAAAAUAUCAACAAGCGUAGUAAGAGCACCAUCCCCAAGUAAAAGCUAUACAAGUGCAAAAACAAUCGCAACAAACACCAUCACACCACAACAGAGACUUGUGGAAGAGAACUGACCAAGAAGACGCGAACACAAAGAGAGAAGGAGAGGCGGUCAGUGCUGGUGCUGAUGCUUAAAAUCUACAAAACAAACUUGAGAAAAAACGUUUAGGAAAGAAGUAUUUUUUAUCUGAUAAAUAUUAUUAAUUUAUGAGAAACUGAAACAAAACGAAACAUGCAUAUUGUAAAAAUGACGAAAACACGGUGGGAGAAAAAAUUGUGAUUACAUUUAUUUAAAAAAGAAGAGAAAGGGACACAGAGUUAGGGAAAGUAAAGACGCGAGAAUGAACGAUACAAAUGAAGCAAAAGAGAACCAAGGAAAUCAUCGAACAUUAAGGAACACAGGGUGUUAAGCUUCUUGUGUUUAACCCUGGCAAGGUAUGUGUGUGAGGUUGUGUCGGUUGUUGCUCGCAAGAGGAAGCAUGUGGACGAGUUAAUAACAAAAUGCGUCCUCGAUAACGCUUAAAAUCGCAAUAAGAAUCUUGAGUUUUAGCGGAUGAUUCGGAAACGUGUGUACGAUUUCUGUUUCGUUUCCUCGAGAAGCAGGUCGACGAACGAGUCUAGCUUCUCCACUCAAUGUCCAUUGUUGGAGGCAAGGUAUGGAAACAGUUUGGCCAGUACAGCCGCCCAUAUUUUGCACUAUUUGUCAUUUCUAGUUAACACCUUUUUUCCAAUCCGCUUGGCAACUAAGAUAGGAAUGACAAUAGUAUUUUGUUUUUGGCUGUGUUAUCAAGGCUAGGGUUCGACUGUCCUAUCUUCAGCGAUACGUCGAACUCUAUUGAUAGAACUCGAACGCAAGGUGAAGGCCGCCGGAAGGAGGAGACACGCUCUCACGUUCCACGCACCACACUCCUCAUAACCUUAUCCUGGACGCUAAACGCGCAGGAGAGCUACGCGCAGCAGAAUCGCCGCGCACCCUCAGCAAACAUCCUGCGACCUUAAAAAUCAAUCCAUCCAUGAAAGAAGGAUCACCUGACGGUGGAAGUUUUCCUUCUUUUUGCUUCAUGUCGGACGUUUUUUCGAACCCCGUAGGAGA